AGCCAGCGGCAUUUGCAAAGUUGCUCUUCUUUCGUGUGUGAUAUGGAUUCAGAGUUUCAGAUUCAGAGCAAAACCAUUCACUCUACAAGACAAGAAGUACAAGGGUUGGCACGUUUUAGCUCGUGUAUAUACCCAAGUUCCAUGGACGCGGAGUAUGUGAUGGCGAGCACACAGGAGCUCGGUAUCAGAUGGGCCAGGGAUGAACGCCGUCGACGGUCCAUGGAUGAGCCGUGGCUCGACGUUGUCGCCGGGGUCCUGAUCUGUGGAUCAGGUACAGUGGCUGCCGGAAGCGCCGGCAGUGCACGCAGUUAAUGCAGUGGUUGGGCGAGUCGGUGGAUAAGAAAGAGAAGUUGGAUUUGUAUCUUUUCCCUGUGGGGGGUGAGGCUGAGAGAGUGGGGAAUAAUUGACUCCGGCGACGGCGAGUGGGCAGCCCGGCGAUCUCGCAGGGGUUCCGCCGACCAUGGAAUUCUUGCUGCAGCCAAUAAACAGAACUCUGCUUGAGGAGGUCAAUGAAAAUAACGGGACAAUGGAGCCCGUGCGGUUCCCAGUGGCCGCGCCGGCGGAGAUUCCUGCUCCAGCCCCGGCCGGUUCAAGUGCGGACGCCCAGAUCUAUCGGCCGGAAGCAUCCUGCGGGGAUAAGGCUCAGGGGUCCGAGCACUCAAUAGAGCAGUUGGACCCGAAGACACCAGGAUGGACGCAAAGAACAUAAGAUUUUAAUCUGCGCCGGUGAGCACUCUGAAGAUGAUCGAUUAUGAAAAUUCAAGUGAAUUGGCUGUAACUGCCCACCAUCUGGCUCAGCGGUGUUGAUAUUCUCUAACUGAUUGAAUUGACUGUAACUGUCGACCAUUUGGCUCAGAGGUGCUGAUAUUCUCUUGGUGACCCGCGCCUUAUUAUGUGCGUGAUAUGAAUGGGCAGGGUGCGUGUAGGUGCUGCUGCUCCAGGAAGGCCUCCUUGUGCGGACAGGAUCACGGCGCUAGAGAAAACCGUGAGGGAGUUCGCGGAUCAUCCAAGAGACAUAGUUAUGGUGCCAAAGAUUGGAACAAGUUUCGACACCCUCGGAGAAGCAUACGACUUUUACAAUUUAUACUCAUGGGAGAAAGGGUUUGGUAUUCGCUACGGAAAGAGUAGGCUGAACGUGAACAGGAGCAAGUGUAUGCAAGAGAUCGUGUGUGGAUGCGCGGGGAAGCCAAUUGUUGAGAAUACUCGUUCGUGCCGGUGUGAAUGCCCAUCCCUCAUCAGACUACUGAGAACAAAGGACAAUGGAUGGUACAUAGCAGAGCAUCGAGAUGGACACAACCAUGCAUUGUCACAAACAUAUGGCCAGACAAUACACUGGCCGUCACACAAGCAUAUUGACGUUUACAGCAAGGAUUUAGUGAAGCAGUUGAGGCAGAACCAUGUCAAUUUGUCAAAAGUCUACAGCAUUAUUGGCAGCUUUUUUGGAAAGAUAGAGAAUGUGCCAUUUACCAAAAGAGCUCUGCGGAAUUUGUGUGGCAAGAUAAGCCGGGAGCAAGCAGAAGAUGAUGUUAGGAAAACAAUGGAAGUGUUUCAUGAUCUGUGCUCAAAGGAUCCUCAAUUCACGUAUCGAGUUCAGGCGGACAAAGAGGGCAGGAUCAGCAACUUGAUGUGGGCUACAGGGAACAGUAGGCUCCAGUACAACUUCUUUGGGGAUGUCAUUACAUUUGACACAACCUAUAGGACCAACCUGUAUGACAUGCCAUUUGGGUUAUUUGUUGGAGUGAACAACCAUUUCCAGAGUAUCAUACUAGCUGGUGUGCUAGUUCGGCAUGAGACAGAGGAAACAUUUGAGUGGGUCUUCUCAGAGUUUGUUAGGAUAAUGGGGGGGGGGGGGGGGGGGGGAGGGCGCCACAAACAAUACUUACCGAUCAAAACAGGGCGAUGGAGGAUGCCAUAAGUAAUGUCAUGCCAAACACGGCUCACCGGUGGUGCAAGUGGCAUGUGCUAAAGAAGGCAAAAGAGUCGCUUGGCCCAUUGUACACAAAGAAGAGUGAUUUUCGACCAGAGUUUCACAAGGUUGUCAACCACAUGCUAACCAUAGAUGAGUUUGAGGAUGGCUGGAAGUACUUAAUAGAGAAAUACAACUUGAAAAGUCAUGACUACAUGACUAAUUUGUUUGAAAUACGGCACAAAUGGGCAAAGCCCUACUUCAAGGGGGUGUUCUGUGCAAAAAUGACUAGUACACAACGGAGUGAAAGUGCAAAUCACAUGCUAAAGAACUACGUGCCGCCUGGUUGCCCUAUACAUGUUUUUGUGAGGAAGUAUAUGAGUUUAAUUUUUGACCGUGAGUCAGAAGAAAAUUAUGAGGAAAAGCGGACAGCAAUUGGGAGGCCACUUAUGCGAGAAAAUAUGGCAACUGAGAGACACGCUGGGAAGAUUUACACAAGAGCUAUGUUCGAGCAGUUUGGCCAUAUACUGUAUGAGUGUGGUGCAUAUCAGGUAGAAGAAAAUGAAAAAGGGAAAGAGUAUAUUGCAAUACAUACAGAUGCUGCACGGCGGGAGAAGUGGUGCAGAACCUCAUACAAGGUGACGGUGAUUGAAGGUGGAGAUGAAUUUGAUUGCGAGUGCGGACAGUUUGCCCACAUGGGGCUGUUGUGCAGCCAUAUACUGAAGGUAAUGGACUUCAUUCGUGUGACAGAAAUCCCAAAGAAGCACAUUGUGAAAAGGUGGACACGAGAUGCGAGAGAUGUGCUUCCAGCCCACCUGAUGCAGUACCAGAGAGACAACGCUCAGGAAAAACCAUUUAGUUUCCGGCAUUUCAAUAUGUACAAGCAAGCCAUGGAGCUUGUACGCAUGGGAGACUCAAGUGUGGCAGCUUACGACCGCUUGACAUCACUAUUCAAUCACUGUGCAGCCGAGAUGAAGCCGUACACGGAUGUCCGAGAUGGCCUAGGUUUGGAGGACAGGUUAGUCGGCAAUGGUACUGUUCAUAAAAUGAUACAAUCAGGAGGCGACGUAUGCAAUCCGUUCGAAGCUACACAAGUCAACGACGGAAACGAUGACAACAACUCGUCUAAUGAGUCUGCAAAUAGGAUGGAGAACCUACUGGCACUUGCCAGACGGAAGCAAGUUGGGAGGCCGACAAUGAGUAGGGAGAAUGCGCCAUAUGAAGGUUUAAGUAAGAGAACUAGGUUCUGCGGGAUAUGUAGGCAGCAGGGACACAAGCGGACAACCUGUCCCGAACGAGGAGAUGUACCAAAGCAGCCACGUAAACCAGCAAGAUGCAAGAAUUGUGGAGUUGAAGGACACCGGAGGAACAAUUGCCAUAAGGCCGCGCAACUAAGGCUGGUUUAAUGCUCGAAAGAGCUAUAUGGUGUCCAACUUAAUAAGAUAAAUUUCAAUUUCAUCCUACUGACGUAUUUUUGAUUUCUGAGGACUAGACGUAAACCAGGUUACCAUGUAUGUUUAGCUGUUAUCUGUUAAACCAGUUUCAUCCUAUUGAAAUGUUUUCUCUGAA